AUGCGCAGUAAUAUGAAUGAAUUGAUUCGAGAACAAGAAGCAACUCAAGUACAGAUUAAUUCGAUGACAGAAUCUAUUCGAUCUUUUGAACAAGAUAUCAACAAUCUUCAACAGGUUCAUUUCAAUAUUAAUCCAUUAGUAAUUGAUGACAAUCUCAUUUCCAUCCCGCAAGAAACAACAUCAAGAGAUUUGUUGCAUGAACCACCUCAACAUCAAACAAUGCAAUCAACAUCGAACAUAGUAUCGAAUAACGAUAGACAUCUGCCAGCGAAUCAAAAACGCAAUCCAAGCUUUCCAGAUAAAUUUAAUUCAAAAUCGAUCAAGCUGACAAGAUGGGAAAUUGAAGAACAAGGAAAUGGAAUCACAGAUGCAAUGAGAGUAAAUAUAUUGAACAUGAUCAGUACAGCAAUUGAUACACAUGGAGUCUCAGAAAUCCGGAACAUAGCUAAAGAUAUUAAAAAUUGGCUUGAUGAAACUCAUGGAAAAAGUUGGACUGUUGAAAUUGGUAAUGCACGCAACUAUCAACCUUCUUAUACCCGUUUUGGUUCUAAAUACUUGAAGAUCCAAGAAACAAGACUAGGAUGGAUUAUUACUAUUUUUAAAGAAACUGCAUCAUAA